AUGGUUCCUUGGUUUUUUACAUGUGCUUGUUUGCAGAGAGUGGAAUCCGGGUCCAAAGAGUCGAAGGAAAAGGAAAAAGUGAAAGACAAAGAGAUAGAAAAAGGAAAGCGCAGCGAGAAGCCUCAAAAACCUAUGAAAGAUUCAUCAAGGCGCACAAAAACAUCAGAAGAGUCAUCAUCCGAUGCGAAACCGACUAUUGAAGACACGACUCAGGAGGAGCAGGUCACUCAUACGCCUGAGUCCCAGUUACCUCCUCUUUCUCUGCCAACUCCCUCACUUCCCUCUGCUCCCACAGAGGAGGCUUCUUCCCCUUCCGUGUCAGAAACGAUUGAGCAAUCAUCAGAUGCUUUUCCAUCUCCAACUCCUUUGUCUACCGAACCGCCUCUCUCAGCUACGACUAGGUGA